GAAAAGAAAAAAACACCUUCCGCGCUACACUUGUCGUUUUCAAUUCAACACUGAAAUCGAAAAGAGGUUACACUCUUCUUCACUUGACGAUCUCAAAGUUAUCAGGCGAAGAGGAAGCGAGAACUGAUGAGAAAACUGUAGAAGCAGAAGAAGAAGAUCAAGAUGAGAUCCAAGUCGUUUGCCGUUAGGUCUCGGCCGCAUAGAGCUUCGCGCAAUUCUCUCGAUCCCUAUCCAUCAUCCCCCGCUUCUCUUCCGGGUGAAGCUAACGAAAGAUUUGCCUCUGGAGUGAGCACCACCGCGCACUGUGAUAGUGGUGAAGCUGCCGAUGUUGAGAUAGUUCCAGACAGUUUUGAUGAAAGAGAUGUGCCAUCCAAGAAGCGUCAUUGUCUAAGUGAGACCACUAGAGGAGGAAGAUUGAAGUUGGAAGCUUGUAUUGUAUGUGACGUUUCAGACGAGUGGGUAUCUCGUUGUUCUGGGAAUGACUGUUUUAUUUGGUUUCACGGGAAGUGUUUGAAUCCAGAGUUGAGUAGUAGUGAGGAUCUUGCGGAGACCUACUGCCCUUAUUGCUGGUUGAGAGUUCUAAUGAUCAAACACGAAUCAGUGAGGGAGAAGAAGGCUGUUGGGGCGGAAAAUGAAGAGACGAAAAGCAGAGAUCGUUCAGUGGAUAGAAGCCACGUUGUGAGGGAUCAAGAGUUACGAGGAGAGAAUGGUGUUUGUUCUUCUGAAAAGGAACAGUUGCAAGUGGAGAAAGAUUCUGAUCGGUUAAGAGAAGAGGAGAUGCCAUUGACUGAAGAAAUUGAUGGUCAACCCCAAGAGGAUAUAGAAAAGUUUCAAAAUGCUGAGGAAGACAAGGUGGAUGGAAAAACAACAAGUGAUCAAACUACAGGUGCAAGGGGACAGGGAGAUGUUUCGGGAAAAGAGCAAGACCAGAUCCAACAGAAUGAGAGACCAAGAAGAAGAAGACAGUUAAUAUUGAGUGAUAGUGAAAUCUCAUCGGAUGAAUCAACAAAAGAACGAAAUGGAGAAAAUGUAGCCUCCCCGUCAGGGCCGAUGAAGAACCAACAGAGAAAACAUAGCUCAACCACUAACGUGGUCAAGUCAAGGACAGUGAGGGACACUACGUAUAUCAACAGGGAUCAGAGAAAGAGGUUAUUUUGGACACCGGAAGAAGAAGAAAUGCUCAAGGUGGGAGUGAAGAAGUUUUCAGCAGAAGCAAAGAAGAACAUGCCAUGGAGGAAAAUUCUGGAAAUGGGAGAGAAGGUGUUCCAUGAAACACGUACUCCUGCUGAUCUCAAGGACAAAUGGAGAAACAUGAUGGGCGGGAGGGGGAAAAAGACAAACUAGACUACGCCUUUACUCCAUCACUGGUAUGAAUGCACAACUAUAAGUGUCUCAUGUAGGAGAUGAAGUUAGGUUAGUGAAGAAAAAAGCUGUAUGCACAAAAGUACCUUGUUGACAUGUAUUGACUUCAACUUAUAGCCGAUGUUCUUGUCACU